GCUUACACAGUAUGGCCGGCGACAUUAGCUAGCGCUCGCUCAACUCUCUCUAACGGGAAAGCAGCGGACUACAAGAGACUGAACUGUAUCUGCCUCUAUUUCCAACAGACUCACGUUCAACUUUCGCUCACGAAAAUAGCCGGGAAAAUUUUAUUAGUCCUUUUUUUAAAAAAAAGUUAAUAUAAAAUUAUAGCAAAAAAAAAAAAAAAAAAAAAGGAACCUGAACUUUAGUAACACAGCUGGAACAAUCCGCAGCGGCGGUAGGAGCGGCGGGAGAAGAGAUUUAAUUUAGUUGAUUUUCUGUGGUUGUUGGUUGUUCGCUAGUCUCACGGUGAUGGAAGCUGCACAUUUUUUCGAAGGGACCGAGAAACUGCUGGAGGUCUGGUUUUCCAGACAGCAGUCCGACGCAAGCCAGGGAUCUGGGGAUCUUCGUACCAUCCCAAGAUCUGAGUGGGAUGUCCUUUUGAAGGAUGUGCAGUGCUCAAUCAUAAGUGUGACAAAGACUGACAAGCAGGAAGCUUAUGUACUCAGUGAGAGUAGCAUGUUUGUCUCCAAGAGACGUUUCAUUUUGAAGACAUGUGGUACCACCCUCUUACUGAAAGCACUGGUUCCCCUGUUGAAGCUUGCUAGGGAUUACAGUGGCUUUGACUCAAUUCAAAGCUUCUUUUAUUCUCGUAAGAAUUUCAUGAAACCUUCUCACCAAGGGUACCCACACCGGAAUUUCCAGGAAGAAAUCGAGUUUCUUAAUGCAAUUUUCCCAAAUGGAGCAGCAUAUUGUAUGGGACGCAUGAAUUCUGACUGCUGGUACUUGUAUACUUUGGAUUUCCCAGAGAGCCNAGUAAUCAGUCAGCCAGAUCAAACCCUGGAAAUUCUGAUGAGUGAGCUUGACCCAGCAGUUAUGGACCAGUUCUACAUGAAAGAUGGUGUUACUGCAAAGGAUGUCACUCGUGAGAGUGGAAUUCGUGACCUGAUACCAGGUUCUGUCAUUGAUGCCACACUGUUCAAUCCUUGUGGCUACUCGAUGAAUGGAAUGAAAUCGGAUGGAACAUAUUGGACUAUUCACAUCACUCCAGAACCAGAAUUUUCUUAUGUUAGCUUUGAAACAAACCUCAGUCAGACCUCCUAUGAUGACCUGAUCAGGAAAGUUGUGGAAGUCUUCAAGCCAGGAAAAUUUGUGACCACCUUGUUUGUUAAUGACAUGGCCUACUCGGCUGCCUGCCUAUCCACCUGCUCCCCGGUCCGGGCUUGGACAGGAAGCUUCUUUCCUACUCUGAACCUCAUUCAGCUUAUCAACCUGCAGCUGGACUCCGUGGCGUUGCUCUUGAACCCAACUCUAGCAGUACCAGCAAGGGUCCCUCCUGGCUCUGGUCUGACUGACAAAGCAGCUCUGCUGCAGGCUCUUCAACUGGUAUUCCGUCUGUGA